CGUUUGCUAGAUAUACCAUGCACACAAAAUAACUCAUAUAUAGCUUCUGACCACUCCUCUCAGAAUCCUCUCUCCCUUCGACCUCUUUCUUUCUCACAAGCAUAUAUAAUUAUAAUUAUCUCAUCCUCUCCUUCAAAGUGUGUUAAUAAUUAAUUAAUAUAUAUAGAAAGAAAAUGGUGUCGAGAGUGGAAGAGGCCAUGAAGAAGAGAGAGAAGCUUCAUCAUCAUCAGCAGCAGCAGCAGAAUAAGCUGCAGAUGGUCACGCAGUGCAACAAGGGGAAGACCCCAAAGUUCAAGAGAAGCUCUUCGAACCUCGAAGACGACGGAGCCUCGUCGGCCAUCCUCUUCCUUGCUUGCAUCGCGUGUACUACCACUUCUCCUCCGGCCUUAUAAAAUCGACAUCUAGCUAUGUCAAUAUUAAGUUGUCUAGCUUUACUAGCUAUAGCUAGCUAGCUUCUCCAUAUAGCAUACACAUAUCGAUAUCAGGAUCGAUGUGUGCAUGCAUGUAUUUGUUUACAUAUUAAUUAGUACGUAUUCUUUCCCAUAUAUAAGUAAUAAUGUACUCUUCUCUGAUCUCUUCUCUCUUGUAUUAGCUAGUUUACUGUACGGCCGUAGCUAAUUUUCAUCCGUUUAAUUUCUUUUUUGUUUUUAUUUUUCAUCAAUGAUGACCGUGUCUCUUACCGGCUAUUCAAUUAUUAUUUCUUCUCCUUGA